CUGCCCGUCAUUAUCGCUCCACCACACUGUUCGUUCGAGUGCGAAAGCGGGCGGCGACGCGGCGGGGGUGUCAAUGGGUCCCCGGCGGCGGUCUCCCCGCGCGCUUCUGCUUCUGCUUUGAGCCGCUCUUUGUUGUUGUUUGGUGGCGAUACGCCGCGACGCCGUGUGCAGUGAUUGGCGCGUCUCGAAUCCGCCGCUUCGAAUCCUCGCCAGACUAGCCUUUAUCCGUGCCUCAGUGAGUGGAUUCGUGCCCGGGUCUCAUGUUCGGCGAUGUUCGGCCGGCAGGUGGAGCCCGGCCUGCCAGCGUGCCUGCACUGGUGAUGGUGAUGGCGGUGGUGGUGGGGUAGUUUCUCUCUCUCGGACGCCGCGGGCCGCGCGCUGGACUGCAAGAUGAGUCUCGCCGUCGUGGAGGUAUCGGCGAGCGGGCCCGAAGAGGAGACCGCGAACCUCAUGACGCGGUACAAGCACGCCGAGCUGGAGGACGACGCCAGCAGCGUGGGGUCCGUGCAGCUGGGCGAGGGUGUCUCCAGCACCACCACGCACAUCCGGUACCACCCGGGCACCCCGAUCUGCCCGCCGCAGUGGACGACGUACUGGAAGUCGCGCAGUCGCCUCGAGAAAAGCCUCUUCUGCCUGCUGGUCGGCUUCUUGCUGCUCUUGGUCAUUGCCCUGUUGCUGCUGGCGACACAUCCCGGGUGUCAACGUCAGAGCGCCGCGACGCCCUGCCUGACGCCCGUGUGCGUGCAGGCGUCCGCCAGCAUGCUCCGCGCCAUGGACGCGACCGUCGACCCCUGCCAGGACUUCUACGGCUACGCGUGCGGCGGCUGGGUGGCCGCCAACCCCAUCCCGGACGGCAAGUCCAUGUGGGGCACCUUCACCAAGCUGGAGCAGCAGAACCAACAGAUCCUCAAGACGGCGCUCGAGCGGCCGUACGACGAGCUCAAGAGCGAGUCCGAGAAGAAGGCCAAGCGGUACUACGCGUCGUGCGUGGACCUGAACGAGACCAUGGAGGCGCUCGGCGGCAAGCCCAUGCUGGCCCUGCUAGAGACGGUGGGCGGCUGGAACGUGACCACGGCCAACUGGUCGGACAGUGCCACCAACUGGAGCCUGCAGUCCACGCUGCACUCGCUGCACAACGGGCUCAACAUGGGCGGGCUGUUCACCUGGUCCAUCGGCGAGGACGACCGCAACUCGUCCAGGAACAUCAUCCAGAUCGACCAGGGCGGGCUGACCCUGCCCACGCGCGACAACUACCUCAACAAGACGGAGAACGAGAAGGUGCUGGCCGCCUACCUGGAGUACAUGACGAAGAUCGGGACGCUGCUGGGCGGCGAGGAGGCGAGCACGCGCAAGCAGAUGCAGGACGUCGUGGACUUCGAGACUCGCCUCGCCAACAUCACGGAGCCGCCGGAGUUCCGGCGCGACGAGGAGAAGCUCUACAACCUCAUGUCGCUGGCCGAGAUGAACGAGAAGGCGCCCUUCAUCAACUGGGUGGAGUACUUCGGCAACGCGAUGAAGCUGGUCGGCGGGAAGGUGUCCGCCAAGACCUCGGUCGUGGUGUACGCCCCGCAGUACCUGCAGAAGCUGACGGCCCUGCUGAAGGAGCUCACCAACACGAUGGAGGGCAAGACGGUGCUCAACAACUACCUGAUGUGGCAGACGGUGCGCAGCCUCACGGUGGCGCUGUCCAAGGCCUUCCGCGACGCGUACCGCGGCCUCCGCAAGGCGCUCAUCGGCUCCGAGGGCGGCGAGGAGCCGUGGAGGUUCUGCGUCACGGACACCAACAACGUGGUGGGCUUUGCCACCGGCGCCAUGUUCGUGCGCGAGGUGUACCAGCCCGACAUCCGCCCUGGGGCCGAGGAGAUGGUGGACAUGGUGCGCAACGCCUUCAAGCGGAACCUGGACCGCCUGGACUGGAUGGACGACGAGACCAGGCAGGCCGCCAUGCAGAAGGCCGACGCCAUCUCCAAGAUGAUCGGCUACCCGGACUACAUCCUCAACCCAGUCGAGCUGGAUAAGAAGUACCAGGACCUCAAUUUCAACGAAGACGAGUACUUCAACAACAACGUGGAACUCAGUCGGUACAACCUCAAGACCAACUUGAAGAAGCUGGACGAGCCGGUCAACAAAACCAGGUGGAGCAUGACCCCUCCGACGGUGAAUGCCUUCUACACGCCCACCAAGAACCAGAUCGCCAUCCCGUACGGCAUCCUGCAGCCGCCCUUCUACGACACGCAGACCCAGCACGCCCUCAACUACGGCGCCAUGGGGGUCAUCAUGGGCCACGAGCUGACGCACGCCUUCGACGACCAGGGCCGCGAGUACGACGCGGGUGGAAACAUGCACAAGUGGUGGAACAACCAGACGAUCGAGCGCUUCAAGAACCGGACCGCCUGCCUCGUGAACCAGUACUCGCAGUUCAACGUGAGCAGGAAGAACGUCAACGGCAACCUCACUCUCGGCGAGAACAUCGCGGACAACGGCGGACUGAAGGCCGCCUACCACGCCUACCUGACCUGGGCCGGCGAGAACCCCAAAGAGCCGCCCCUGCCCGGGCUCAACCUCUCCCAGAAGCAGCUGUUCUUCGUCGCCUUCGCACAGGUGUGGUGCUCGGCGAGCACGCAGGAGGCGGCCAAGCUGCAGCUGGAGAAGGACCCGCACGCCCCGUCCAUGCACCGCGUCCUGGGGCCGCUGUCCAACAUGGACGAGUUCUCCCGCGUGUUCCAGUGCCCGCUGGGCUCCAAGAUGAACCCCGUGCACAAGUGCGAGGUGUGGUAG